AUGAGUGGCCAUUGGGAGGGGUAUGGCACACCCACUAUGAGUGAAGGUUCCAUUAGCCCUUGUAUCAGAAGCAGGAGCAACAGCAGAGGAGUUUUGGUUCGCAGUAACUCUCCGGGAUGUGGUGAGCUUGCCAUAGUUCCACCACAGUUUGAGCUUAAAUUAGCAAUGAAACAAAAUGAUCCAUUCCUUUAUAAUUCUUGUCAAUCAUCAUUUGGUCCCUUGUCCGUGCCCACGGUUUGCCCAACAUGUCAUCGGCCUCUCGCUGAAAAUCAGAUGGAUGAUGCACCGCCAACGGUGGGGGAGAGACAACUAACUCCACAAUACUUCCGUGCACUUGCUGCGACUGUUACUCGUCGGCCGCUUUCCAUAUGUGACAGUCCAUCACUUGAAGCUAAAUUCCAGCAACGGUUGGCUGAACAGGGUUUGAAGAAAUAUGUCCCGGAAGAUGAAAUAAGAGGAAAAAUGGGAGUUACAGAAGAAGAAGAAGACACGUGGGAACUACCCGAUGAGGCACAUGGAGCAACAGCGGUGUUUUCGUCGGCGUUAGAUGAAAACAGCAGAAGGGGCGGCGGACCUGAAACGUCUCCUCCACGCGGUGAUAAUACCAGCGGUGACUGGGGGUAUUAUAAGCGUUACUUUAGAGAAAUACAAAAACUAGGAAGCGGAACCUUUGGUGGAGUGUAUCUGUGUCAGCAUGUUAUGGAAGGCGUGGGGUUGGGGUACUUUGCUUUAAAGAAAAUUCCCGUAGGAGACAAUACCAGUUACUUGCACAAAGUACUCAGUGAGGUGCGUAUUCUCGAGGAAGUGAAACAACACCCAAACAUGGUGGAGUAUAAGCAUAGCUGGGUAGAUACCGCGCAAAUAGCUGAUUUUGGGCCACCCGUAAGAUGCCUUUUUAUUCUUAUGGAAUAUGCCACUAUAGGUUCCCUUGACUCGUACCUUGAGCGGCACGGAUCGGCUCUGCCAACAAUCGCCGUAUGGUACUUCUUUUUGAGUGCCGUUGCGGGGACAGCGCAUUUGCAUCGAAAGAACAUCAUCCAUCGGGACCUCAAGCCACAAAAUUUACUGCUGACAGGUCGGUCGGAGGAGGUCCCACGUGUUCUUGUUAGCGACUUUGGCACUGCAACUUUACUUUCUGAGGUGUCAUAUGAACGCACGGGAGGAACGGGAACCGUAGAGUACAUGGCACCAGAGUUAUUUGAGUGUGUGCCGGGCACGAAAGAGUCAUAUAUAUAUUCGCACACAAAAGCAACAGAUGUGUGGUCACUCGGAAUGAUAUUACACUAUCUUGCCUUCGACGGUACGCUGCCGCUGCGCUUGUCUAAUGGUGAAGUUGUAUUGGAAGUGGAGAACCGUUCCCACUACGCUCGCCCUCCAGAGAUGAUUCAACUAAUGCGCCUCAUGCUUCAUCGUAACCCAGCGAAGCGACCCACAUGUGAGGAAUUGUUAGAAUCGACUGUAGUGCGAACAAUUCAGCGUAGUUUCAAGAAGGCAAGUCUUUUUACCGAUAUAUUACCUACUGCAGCCACGCUUCCGAAACGUCGGCGACCAUCCGCUGUUCUGACAACACCGCUGCUGACACCUCGUGAAGGGAAAGACUCGCAAGCCAGACAACUUCGAGUUAAUUGGGUCGCAAAUAACACCGCAAAGGGUGAACUAGAAGAGAGGAAGCCAACACCUUGUUUGGAUAGCGAAGUUGGAAAUGAGCCACUGCCAUUAUUUUUGCCUAAAGCGGAAGUCCCCCUAAUGCUUCAAUAUGAAACUCGUGGGUCACAUGGAGAGACAACAGAGGGGGCGCAAGGGAUGCAGAAACCACUGAUGGUAGAAUGUGGUGUGCAAACUGACUACGUAAAGAUUGUGUACGAGUGA